CUGACAACGACUUUCACGUCAACAAGUCCAACUGUCUGUAGUACGGUGUGACGUCACAGUGACUGCCAUAUGUGACGAGACUGUGAUGUCAUUGUUAUACUUCAGUUUAAGGCGUGUCUGUGACGUCAUUUACGUCCUUCCGGACCGUGAGCUGGCGUACCGUGAAUUUCUUGCCACCCGAAACUGUCCACCUGGUGACCGCGAUGCUGAAAUCAUGAGAUUAACUGGAAUCAUGAGAUUAACUGAAACACGAGCCUGUGACGUACUAAAGCUGUCACAGAGCUGGAGCUGCAACAUCCUGAUAGCUCUGUAGCUCUGUAGCUCUGUGUACUUUUAACUAUAAAAGUCGGAGGAAAAGCUGUGUGUCGUUGGCUCUCCACCAGCAACAAUCAACCUUCAGCUGCUGUCGUCGUCGUCGUCAAAGUGUCCGACAUGUCACCGCUCGUGGCGCUGCUUCUUGUCUCCCUGGUGUCGUCUGCUGCCCCCUCACUCGCCGUGGAUCCUGGAGACAGUCAAGGAGCUUCUUCUGGUUUGCAGGAGCAGGACAAGAGGGCCGUGGACUCUGUGGAGCUACAGGCAAACAUUCUCGACCUGGCCACAAAAGAAGAUUUAGACGAGCUUCGAUCUUGGGCAACAGGUCGUUUGGCCGCCCUCGUGACUGAGUUACAGACCGUGACGUCACAGCUACAGUCGGCACUGCCAUUAUCUUCCAGUUCGCUGUACACUCGGUGGGGAAGUAAAACCUGCUCAAACACGUCAACUCAGGUGUACAAGGGUGUCAUCGGAGGAGGGAAUUAUGGAGCUAGUGGGUCGGCGGUCAACGCCCUGUGUCUCACCCUCCAGCCUGUCUACGACGGCCGCAACCCCACCAGUGCGAAUACAAAUCUCUACGGUAGUGAGUACGAGACGUCUCCAGAAGAGAAGCAGAACCAAGAUGGCGUGUGUUCAGUCUGCCGUGUCCAUCGGUCCACGACCCUCAUGAUACCCGGAACUAACGUCUGUCCUAACGGGUGGACUCUGGAGUACAGCGGGUAUCUGAUGGCAGGCCAUGACUCUCAUCCUGCUUCCACGGAGUACAUCUGUGUGGACAAGAAACAAGACGCACGGUACGGCUCCAACGCUGACUACAACGGUAAACUUUUCUACUACACCAUCGGCAGCUGCGGCAGUCUGCCGUGUCCCCCGUAUUUUGAGGGCAAGGUCGUCACGUGCGUGGUCUGCUCCAACUAAACCACGUGACCAGCACGUCACCGCGACGAUCUGCCUGUUCACCUGCGACUUUAACGCACGGUGACCACCUACAUUACCAGCUGUGAAGCAGGUUAAUAAAUGUCUGACCAUUCACUUAGGGUUUGUGUGA